CGUCUCUCACAGCCCCUUGCUCCUGUUGUUGCACCCACUACUGCACAAUCGGGGCCUUGCUGCUGGCACCAUGCAGCCCCGUCGUUGCUGCCUUCUCCUCCACCUCCACCUUCUCCUCUACCUCCUCCUCCUCUCUGGGACACAGGCAGACCUGGAGGGGACCUUCACUAUCCGGCUGCUCCAGACCUCCAUCUUCCAAAAUACCUCCUUCGUGGACACGGAGGGCCUGGGCCUGCUGGAAGACAUUGAGCUUGGUUCUCUUGAUAAGCACACCUGGACCAUACGCUUCUACCAGCCCUGGGUGCGCCCAGCCCUGCCCCGCGGUGACUGGGACACCAUUGAGAACAUGAUCAAGAUCUAUUUGCAGAAGUUCAACCACCUGAUCAAUAAAGGUGCCAUGCAGAAGGAUGUGCCCUACCCCUUUGUGGCCCAAUGCAUGGCGGGCUGUGAGGUCUACCCCAACAGGACCUCCCGGGCCUUUGCCUAUGUGGGCUACAAUGGCCAGGACUUCCUCAGCUUCAACAUGGACAAUGCCACCUGGCUCCUUUCCCAAGACACCAACCUGUCACAGUACGUCCAGGCCGUUCUCCAGAACUAUACCGCCUUCAGCGAGCUGGUGGAAGUCCUCUUCAACGAUACCUGCGUUGAUGACAUAGAGAUGUUACUGCACUAUGGGAAGGCAGCUCUGGAGAGACAAGAGCCACCUGUUGCCACGGUCUUCGCCCGCAUGCCCAAACCAGACCAGCUCCUGCUGGUUUGCCGCGUCACUGGCUUCUACCCACGGCCCAUCAGCGUGGCCUGGCUGCAGGAUGGCCAGGAGGUGCUGCCAGGCCCAGCGCUCAACACCAGCGCCAUCCUGCCCAACGCCGACCUCACCUACCAGCUCCGCAGCAUCCUGGCCGUGGCCCCCCAUGAUGGGCACAGCUACGCUUGCCGCGUGCGCCACCGCAGCCUGGGCACCCGCAGCCUCCUCAUCCCAUGGGGGAACUCAGAGGAGGUGGUGCUGAUCGCAGGGCUCGGGGCAGGGCUGCUGGCAGCUGUUGCCCUGGCUGUCAUCUCCGCACUUUGGGUAUGGAGACACAGAAAGCACCAACAGAUGGAGGAAUCAGAGUCCCGGAACUCCAUCCUGAGCAAAGAAGCUUAGCCCAGAAGGGAGCCAACAGCCCCCAUUUCCUUCCACCACCCUCACAGGGACAAAGAGUCUACCUUUCUCUGCUUCAGCAAAACUCCAGGUGCUGCUGAGUGUGAGAUCAAUGUGACUUGGGGAUGUAAGGGGAAAACCUGGGGGGCUCCUGACCCGCUUCAGUUUGCUAAGUAGACAAGGAUGCAUGUCUGAGACCUCCUCACUUGUUACACACUAUAACUUCUUACCUUGUGGCACUGCCCGUUGCACCCACUGAGGCUCUUUAGGGCACCCCAAUGCCCAGUGGCAAUUUCUCCCAGUUCUGGUACAAUAACACAUUUAUCAGUAGGUGGUAAGUUGUGCCCUUCUACUGUUGCUUUCUAGUAUUUUUUCCUAAAAGCUGCCUUUAUUAACCGUAUUCCAGAAAUAUUUGUGCUGAGACUGAACUCUUCCACCCAGACUAACAGCACCUGGCCAGAAACCGUUUUACAAAGUGCUGAGUAACACUGAAACUCUGAUGUAAUCUGUACAAGCUGCAGAUGUGUAUAAAAUUAAAUUAAA